CCCAUCGUUCUCUUCAAGGCUUCUCUGCCCUGUCAUCUCCAUCAUUAACCCAUCACCAAGCAUACAUUCCCGUCCCUUCGAUGAUGCCCCGGCCCCUCCUCCACAACACCUUCGGCGUCACCUACCGCAAGAUCCCGAUCCUUGCCCUGGGCCGCGAACUCUACUGCGACACCUCACUCAUCAUCGAAGCCCUGGAGCACUACUUCCCCUCCACCGACGGCUGGGGCAGCGUCUACCCACCUGCUGAAGGACUACAAAAUGAGUGGAUAUACCGCGGACUAGCGAGAGGUUUCGCCAGUUUCUGGAUCGAUCGCCCCUUCUUCCGCAGUACAACCGGCCUCAUCCCCCCCUCCGUCUGGCGCACCUCGUUCGGCACCGAUCGCGCCGCCCUAAUUGGCCACGCGCUCGACCCGGAGAAGCUCGCCAAAAAGAUCCCCGAGAACCUAUCCCGUCUCGACCUGCACCUGUCCCUCCUAGAGCCCAUGCUGAGCGGAGGCAGAAGCGGCUCUAUCUCCGCCGCGAGCAAGGAGGAAGAAGAUACCGCAUGGCUGUUGCCGACGCGGAAACCCUCGCUGGCAGAUCUCUCGCUAUAUUACCAGCUCCGCUGGGGUUGCGAUAUCGCCGCGGGGAGGGGGAUAUAUAACCUCACGGGCGGCGGAACAGGUGAUAGAGGCGAGGAUAUCGUGAGCGGCGUGUUUAAUGAGGAGAGGUAUCCUGGAGUGUGGAAGUGGUUCCACGCGUUUGAGGCGUACAUCGCUUCUCUGCCCGACCGUGAAACCACCGUCGACGAUGAAAAGGACAGUUCCUGGAAACAGGCGUUGAAGGAUGCGAAGCCCUUGGCCGACGACGAGAUGCUUGUGCCUGCGACGGCGCCGCAUCCGAGUUUGGAUAGGCAGAGGGGGUUGGUGGCGGGGGCGAUGGUGAGCGUGGCGCCAGAUGAUACGGGGAGGAAUGAUCCUACGGUUGGGAAGUUGGUGAAGAUUGGGACGGAGGAGGUGGUGAUCCAGCCCAAAGAGAGGGGCGAGGUGGAUGUGAGGAUUCAUUUUCCGAGAUUGGGGUUUGUGGUUCGAGGGGUGGAGGAGAGUAGGCUGUAGAUGGAGGCCCAAAGACAUCUGAAUGCGUGGGAAGAGACUUGAAUGAUGC